GUAUACGGUAGCAAAUUCCGAUUUUUGUUACAGGUUGAACCCUCGGAUACCAUUGAAAAUGUUAAGGCUAAGAUUCAGGACAAGGAAGGUAUUCCCCCUGAUCAGCAGCGACUGAUCUUUGCAGGAAAACAAUUGGAAGAUGGCCGUACACUUUCUGAUUAUAACAUCCAGAAGGAAUCGACUCUACACCUUGUAUUGAGACUUCGUGGUGGUGCCAAGAAGAGGAAGAAGAAGUCCUACACUACCCCAAAGAAGAACCAACAUAAGAGGAAGAAGGUUAAACUGGCUGUCCUUAAAUAUUACAAGGUGGACGAGUAUGGGAAAAUCUAUCGUCUACGCCGUGAAUGUCCCUCAGAGGAGUGUGGUGCUGGUGUGUUCAUGGCUAGUCACUUCAACAGGCAGUAUUGUGGAAAGUGUUGCCUGACAUACUGCUUCAACAAGGCUGAAGAUGCAUAAUUAUAUACAUUUUAAUAAACUAUGAUGGAAAACAAA